AUGGGAUCUAUUCCUUGGCCUGGUGCUAUUGGCUGUCUCCGUGUAUGUGCUGUUGACAUGACCGGUCCCUACCGAGUAUGUAGCGGAGCCAGUGGCUCCACAUCCGCGAAUCCCUCAAGUGAAGACCCCGACGGUCAGAACUACGGGCUGGUUGUGAUAGAUAUGGCUACCAACUACUUACGUGCCACUACAUGCAAAUCUAAGUUAGCUUCUGAGGUUAUCCGGAAGCUUGAGGUCCUGUUCCACAGCUCUGACUGGCCACAAAUACUGUUGGUUGCUCAAGAUUCCUCACUCGUCGGUUCGGCUUUCAGAUACUUUUGCGAUCGCCACUCGAUCUGCUUAAAAGUGUUGCCAAGAGACUCUCCUGCUUUGGCUGGUGCAUCGGAACGUCCACACAAAGAUCUACAUGCGUACAUCAACAAAUGUGUCCAGUUCGACGAUCCUGAUAACGCCGACUUUACUAGUUGGACUAUCCCCUUUUACCGGGCGAUACGAGCGUGGAAUAUCACCCCGUUCACGACUGAUGACGACUUGUCCCCUCAUGCCUUAUGUUGGUACACUAACCCGAGGAUCCCCGAGUUGGAUCCCCGAGAGGACGAUCUUCUGGGCGAGAACUACCACGAGAAUCUUCCCCCGGAGGCUCCUCUAUUCGACGAUUCGAAUGAGCUCAUUAAUGAGAUGAAGACUAGACAAGUCACCAAGUGGAAGCGUUGGACCUCUAUCUGGUGUGAUCUACGUGAGAAAGUUCGUAUGGCUACAUUAUCUAGGAGACGAUUAUUCGAUCUUCGUCCGGGUCAGAAGGUCCUACUCUGGACAAGGAAGCCUGGAAAGUUCAUUGGUUGGAGCUGGGAGGGUCCCUAUCCGGUUGUUGAGACACGCGGAAGUGUCACCACUAUUCGUCGCAACGAUGUAGAUUUCAAGGCUGCAACUACUAACCUGAAGCCCUUCCACGCGUAUGAUGAUGGCGAUGAUGAUGUAUGUCCUGACGAUGUCGUGGAAGAGCCCCCUCAACCUGAUGCGAACGAUAGUCCCGGAGCUGACUCUCCACAGACUACUACAAGUCCUGCAAAUGCUCCUACUGGUGAUAUAGAGGAGCAUACCUCCCAAUUAGAUCAACAACCCGACGAUGACAGGAUCUUUGAGAUUGGUUCGAUAAGGGUAUUUGUGGAUCCCGGUCAUCGCUACUUCCCCUACACCUCAAUUGCAGGUUACAUCGUUAACUGCGACGAGAAUGCUGUUACUAUUAUCCCUUUUGUUGACCCUACUAACCGUAUGAUUGAAGCUGACCGAUUAGUUGACGAACCUGCAGUUCUGAGUAGUGAGACGAUGGAUAUUCCAAGAACGACUCUACGCGAUAUCGUCUGCCUCAAGUAUAGAGUACCUCCUACUCGUAAUAUGCUUCGUCAACUCCGUCUAGCGGCGGCGGCAGUGUAG